UAGCCGCCAUUUUGUAUGUAACUGUCUUUAGUGGUAUACGCUAACGAGCGUUUAGAUAAUUUUCUUUUUUUUUUUUGUGGAGUUGUGGUCAUACGAGUAUUCCUGCUCAUUUUAACUGCAAGACAGCAUGGCAGAAGGUCAGAUUCCUCAGGAGUUGGGCGCAAUUACUGAAACUGAGAAAAAGAAGUUAAACGAGCUGCGGGUCGUAGACUUGAAGGCCGAACUGAAAAGGCGGAACUUGGACACCGGUGGCAACAAGAGUGCUUUGAUCGAGAAACUACGAAAGGCGAUAGUGGAAGAGGGUGGAAAUCCAGAUGAAAUCCACUUAGCAUCAGAAACUUGCAGUAGGAAGACACCUAAGAGAAGUGGCAGAGCACGAAAGCUGGAAGAUGAAGGGACUGAAGAUAAUGGUGUGGAGGAUGAUUCUGGAGAUAACCAGGAGAAUGAAGAAGCAAGCUGGGAACAAGAAAAUGAGAAAGUGCUCGACAUUUUGGGGGAAACUGGUAAAACUGAGCAACUUAAAGAUGCUGCUCCAGAAGUGAAUAACCAAGUUGAAACUUGUGUGGAACCUGAGAAGACCAGUGAGAAAGAUGUUUUUGUGACAGUUGAAUCUACAGAAAGCACAUUAGAUUUAGAUGAUGCGUUAAGUCAAGAGUGUGUAAAUGAAGAAAGUAACCCUUUAAAUAUGGAAGACGUGGGGUCUAAAGAACUGAACUGUAACACAGAUUUCCUGGACAUUGAAAUGAUAGAAAUAGACAAAACAAGCAAUGAGUGUGAGCAGGUACAGGCAAACUUAUGUGAAAACUUUGAAGAUGAAGAGAAACCAUCUUGUGAUACUACUGAUGGCGAACAAGUGCCAAAGAAAAUUGAAGAUUGUGCAAAAGAAGCAUCAGCCACUAAAGCGUCCUUUACAAAAGAGAACGAUCAGAAAAUGAGUUAUGUUAAUGAAGAAAUGGAAAAACAGAACUUGAAGGAUGAGAGAGGUCAUUCUGAUGCCAGCUCUAGUAGAAAUCUAUGGGUUAGUGGCCUUUCAUCUACCACUAGAGCAACAGAUUUAAAAAACCUGUUCAGCAGAUAUGGAAAGGUGGUUGGUGCAAAGGUGGUAACUAAUGCUCGUAGUCCUGGAGCACGCUGCUACGGAUUUGUAACAAUGUCAUCUUCUGAAGAUGCAGCUAAAUGUAUAACCCACCUUCAUAGAACUGAACUUCAUGGUAGAAUGAUCUCCUUGGAGAAGGCAAAGAAUGAACCCGCAGGUAAGAAAUGUGAGAAGAAAGAGACUGAACUAAAGAAAGAAAAACUAUCUAGUAGUGACAGACAAUAUUCCACUGACAAGUCAGACAAGUCAUCACCAGCCAAAGAGGAGGAAGUAUUUGGAAAAGAUUAUAUCAAACCUGAGGGGGACAAAGAUACAGAAAAAGAAAAGAAUAAAGAAGGACAUAAGUCUGCAACUUCUGAUCGUUCAAGAACUAGCAAAUCAGGUAGUAGAGGCACUGAACGGACUGUUGUGAUGGAUAAAUCAAAAGGAGAACCAGUAAUAAGUGUCAAAACUACAUCUGAUUCAAACGAAAGAAGCACUAAAAGUCAUGACCGCAAGUCUCCAAGUAAAGAAAAGAGAGAGAUACUCUCCUUUGAUAAAAUUAGAGAACAAAGGGAACGAGAAAGACAGAGACAAAGGGAGCGAGAAAUAAGAGAACUAGAAAGACAAAGGGAACGGGAUAGGAGAGCACGUGAGAGAGUCCUUAUGAUCCGCGAAAGGGAAGAACGCGAAAGACUACGCCGAGAACGAGCCAGACUUGAAUUUGAAAGAGACCGACUAGAUCGUGAACGAAUGGAACGAGAGCGGCUGGAAAGGGAAAGAAUGCGAAUAGAGGAUGAACGAAGAUUAGAGCAGGAACGCAUUCAAAGGGAAAGAGAGGAACUAAGACGCCAGCAAGAACGGCUUCGUUAUGAGCAAGAUCGGAGGCCAGGCAUAAGAAGGCCAUAUGAUAUAGAUAGCAGAAGAGAGGAUUUUCACUGGCCAGAAUCCAAAAGAAUGGCAUUGGAUGAUCGUUAUCGUGAUUUUGGAAGGCAAGAACGCUUUCAUGAUUUUAACAGAGAUCGUGGUCGACAUACAGAUCAUUUACAUAUGGACAGGAGAGAGGACUCCAGGUCUGGUGUGGGAGUAAGAGAUGGGAAUUAUUCUGAUCGUCAUGGGAGAGAUCCACGUGAUGGAUGGGGAGGAUAUGACAGACAUGUAAACGAAGCAAGAGGUAUCCCACCACCAGGAAGUUUUCUGCAAAGUGAUAUUUCUAACAUGUCUUCACCAUUGGGACUUCAAGGAGGAAACUUUGGAGGACAAAAUAGACCCAAUGACCCCAGAUUUGGGCAUCGCUACUAAAUAUUUUACUUUCAGUUUUUAGUGGAUAACAUGUUUGGCAGGGCUGUAUUUUUUAGUUUAUUUUUUGUUUACUGUGGCUUGAUUUAUCUGCCUUGUAAUAAACCUUUGAAAGCCAUUAAACCUCUGUUUUUGUUAAUAAAACAUUCCAUUAAUAAAA